GUGUGGGCGUGCAACGACGGGAUCUAGCGAAGAGCGGAUCAUGCUGUCUCCGAUGCGUGCGCUUGUGUGCUCGCCUAUGUAUGGUUGCUAACCGUCUGGCAGCGCGCCAUGGACCGUCGUUAGUGCGAGAUGUGAUCGAUUGCGGUCUUGGCAGGUUGGUCGAGUGGCCAUCAUCUUUGUCUAUCGGCUGAUCUGAACUUUGUCAAUUCUAGAUUCCACCACUAUGGCACCCACACGCAUGGCCACCUCGCUGUUCAGGACGUGCCGAGCAGCCUCAAUUCGUCCAACCGCAACAUGGCGACAGCGAUGCCUGUAUCACUCAUACGAUUACCCCUCGUCGCCACCAUUCCCCCCCGCUGAAACGGCGAUUCUUUCGUCUGCAUACGCACACGUACCAAACCAUGGCUUCACCAUGGAUGCACUUAAGCUGGGCGCUCGAGAUGCUGGCUACCUCAAUGUCUCUACAAAUUUGCUUCCACGAGGCGUCUUUGAACUGAUCAAUUACCAUCUCGUCACCCAGCGAUUGGCUUUGCAAAGCAAUGUUCAGUUCCCCGAAGAGAGCGAGCACGGGAAGAAGAUGGGAGCCGGUGCCAAGGUCAGGACGUUAACGCUCGCACGGCUCCGCGCAAAUGCACCCAUUAUCCACCGCUGGCAAGAGGCACUGGCAAUAAUGUCCCAGCCCACAUAUGUCCCUGCGUCCAUCACCGAACUGGCCAAGCUCGCAGACGAAAUAUGGUUUCUGUCAGGCGACCAGAGCGUCGAUAGUAGCUGGUACACGAAACGAGCAACCCUCUCGGCAAUCUACUCGACGACAGAGCUGUACAUGACACAGGAUAAGUCGCAUAAUUUUGUAGAGACUGAGCAGUUUCUGGACAACAGACUACAGGAUCUGAUGAAGGUUGGUGGCUUCAUAGGCAGUCUGGGAGAAUGGCUCAACUACACGGGCCAUUCUACUAUCAAUGUGCUUCGGAGUAAGGGAGCUCGUGUCUAGGCCGGAUCUGCCUCAUCCAGCGCCAGUUUUUUUUUUUUUUUU